GCGGGCGAGCGAGGGGGUUGAUAUUUUUACACCUCCUGAUCCGGUCGUCGGGAAAAUUGCUUCCCAAUUACCUCUCGGUGCGGCGCAGCGAAAAGGGACCGGCUAUCUGUGCAGCACAUUCUUCUCAGCGAUGCUGAAAGUGGUCUCCCAGUAAUAAGCUUUAAUUUAGAGUUCAGUGAAACAGUGAAGUGGAAAAACAGAGCCUACUCGGACCAUGUCGGAAGAGGAGAACAACUCGUCGGUCACGGCCACCGCCGGUGAAGGUGAUUCGCUGGUCCCCGAAGGAGAGAACGCUGGCGGCACCGUACAAGGGCAAGCGGCAGCUCAAGCUCAACAGCCUUCCCGGGCAGAAUCGUUCUUUGCCAUCACCAAAUCGCUCAUCAUCCGUGCCCUUAUCAUCUACUUCAUUUCGUCAUUCUUCCGAAGACCCGCACCAGACGCCGGGGUGAAUCAGCAAGCCGCAGGCAAAUCGAAAAUAACGGCCUGGAACCUGUUCGACAAUGGGACCGUGUUCGAUCUGCACGUGUACAUUUCUGAGGAUUUGUAUAGCGUGAAUUUCAACGAUCCGAGUAGCCUGAUCUGGCUGAAGGAAGGCCUAACGUACGGUGACUGGUACAGUGGCCCCAGUAACGAUGGUAUUUUUACGCUCAACACGCACAUCAAGGCGUCGGAGCGGUUGAUGAACAACGGAUCGCUCUAUCUGCACACUUACGUCACAAAGACUGGCCUCAGUCCCAAUCCGGCCGCUGGCGAAGAGUUUGCCGGCAAGAAUAUGGGCUACGCAAAGGGAAUGCUAACCAAGUACAAGAGGAUCAAACGCACCAAGACGCACAAUCUAUUGGCGGGCGAGAAGGAAAAGUUUGAAAAGGAACUCGAGGACGCCCUGGUGGAUGACAAAAUACUGGCCCACUGGCACCCCAAUUUGACGAUCAAUCUGGUGACGGAUCAAACAAAUUGGGUCAAGGGAACGGUGCCACCGCCGCUGGAUGAGUACGUCAAGUUCCUGCCGGGCGGUCAAACAUAUCUUCCCAUUGUGUUCUACAACGAUUAUUGGAAUAUGAUGCGAGACUAUCAGCCAAUCAACAGCACGACGCCACUGUUGGAGUUGAAUCUGUCCUACCAACCGUUGUCGCUCUUCAAGUGGCAGCUCUAUGCGGCACAAACGAUGCGCAACAAAUGGGCCAACAACAUGUUCACCGAGGCACUCUCGGGUGGUGCCGAGUCGGACGAAGACCAGGACUCGCUGAAGGAAGCCUUGCUGGAUACGAACCCGUACCUGCUCGGUAUAACGGUGGUCGUUACGAUCCUGCACAGCGUGUUCGAGCUGCUGGCGUUCAAGAAUGAUAUCCAGUUCUGGAACAAUAGGAAAUCGCUCGAGGGUUUAUCGGUGCGGUCGGUGUUUUUCAGCGUGUUUCAGUCCGUCAUCGUGCUGCUGUACGUGCUGGAUAAUGAGACCAACUUUAUGAUCAAAGUCAGUUGCUUCAUCGGGCUCGGUAUCGAGGUGUGGAAGAUUCAAAAGGUGGUCAACAUCAACGUCAACAAGGAGCAGCGGAUUUUCGGAUUUCUGCCACGAAUUCAGUUCUCUGACAAGGGCUCUUAUGUGGAGUCGAGCACCAAGCAGUACGAUAAGCUGGCGUUCAAGUACCUAGGCUGGGUGUGCUUCCCUCUGCUCAUAGCCUACAGCGUCUACAGUGUGUUCUAUCAGGAGCACAAAGGAUGGUACUCGUUCGUACUGAACAUGCUGUACGGGUAUCUGCUUACUUUCGGCUUCAUUAUGAUGACCCCGCAGCUGUUUAUCAACUACAAGCUUAAGUCAGUGGCCCAUCUACCGUGGCGCAUGCUGACCUACAAGUUCCUGAACACCUUUAUCGACGAUAUUUUUGCAUUUGUCAUCAAAAUGCCUAUGAUGUACCGAAUUGGCUGCUUCCGCGAUGACAUUGUAUUCUUCAUCUUCCUGUACCAGCGUUGGAUUUACAAGGUGGAUUCAAAGCGUGUGAAUGAGUUUGGCUUCUCGGCCGAGAUGUUGGAGCAGAAAACGGAGGGCAAUGCGGCGAUAACGGCGACGCCCACCACGGCCGAUGCAGCCAAUAGUGAUGGCGAGGGAUCGCCAAAGGGUUCGCCGGGCGGUGAACCACCAGCGUCUCCAAAUACUCGCAAAAAGAACAAAAAAUCUUCCCCAAAGCAGCGUAAGGCAGCGAACAAAUCGGCUGCGGAAAAGAAGGUUGACUAAGUAGCAUUCUAUGUAUGUCUGUUUCUCAUCCAAAUCUUAGACACCGCUUAGUCCGCUCAUGCAGGGAGCAUUAAAAUAUAUAAAAGACGUAAGACCACA